AUGAUCUUACGUGAUAAAAUUUUCGCUGCUUGGGACUAUUUUGCGCGUUUGGAAAACAUCGUGUGCAAGCGGUUCAAAGGGGUCUACGGCGCAGUAGAGGAUGAAAAUGAGGAAGUCCAUGGCAGAAGAUAUUCCACGCUGGUUGAUACGAUAAAGACAAGAUUACAAAGCAAACAAGGCUUUUUCGCUGCUGGAGGAUUUAGACAUAUUUACAGCGGCAUGGGAUCCGUUGCUAUCGGCUCAGCUCCUGGAGCCGCUCUCUUCUUUGUGACGUACAGGUCCGUGAACGGAAUGUUCAAUAAGGAAAAUUGGCUAGUUCGCUCGUUUUCGGCAAGUAUAGCGGAGAUUGUGGCAUGUGCUAUUCGAGUCCCUACCGAGCUAGUGAAACAGCGAAUGCAGGCUUCUUCCUCGAAGCGAAUGUUGUCGGAUGUUUGCAUAGAAAUUUACAAAUCUGAUAAUCUCAGAGGAUUCUACAGAGGAUACGUCAGCACCAUCAUAAGGGAGAUACCAUUUUCUAUAAUUCAAUUCCCACUUUGGGAGUACUGGAAGGAUGCUAUUGCAGCAAGGAAGGGAAGAGAGUGUUCUCCGCUGGAAGGUGCCGCUUGUGGCAGUGCAGCCGGAUUAGUCGCUGCAGCAAUCACAACACCUCUUGAUGUAGCUAAAACACGAAUAAUGCUAUCCACAAAGCCUGAAACUCCCUCGAUUAUGACGACACUCAAAGAGGUUUACUCUACUGGUGGUGUGAAAGCUUUGUUUUCUGGAGUCACGCCACGAGUUUUAUGGCUAGCUCUUGGAGGCUUCGUGUUUUUCGGUGCUUACGAGACCGUCUUAUCCCUGUCAUAUUGGGUUUGUCCAGAUAAGAAACACGCCAAGAAUGACAAGUCGUGAUUGCCCAUAUCUGUGUAUUUAUUGUUAUUAGGGUAGUAUGUUAGUUGUUAUUUUGACGAUUCUCCAUCACAGGUUUAUCCGAUUCCUACUUCAAAUCGAUGAUCUUAUGCCUUGAAACUUUGUUCAUUUUUGUAUAAAUCAUAUGUGAUAGCUUGAGGUAACGAGAUUCAUUGGCUUUUUGACAAACGAUAGAUUCACAUUAUUUAAAACAACCCUGUACC